CUCCUCUAUCUGUCGGCCUCUCGGCAACUCGACCCAACACUAAAGUUAACUGGCUGGGUCAGUUCUUAGCUUAGGGUUUUUAGGGUUUCGUCGGGAUUUGUCGAUAGCGAGCCGAGCCGACCGACCGACCCCGUGGACUGAUCCUUGCUGCUUCGCCUUUGCUUCCGAUGCGCCGCCUCAGUUCAAAAUCUCUCUCUCUCCAUCGACACUCUCUUCAACAUUUGUCAAAAUCCCAAGUCCCCCUUUUGCUUCUCUUCUUCUGCUGUUGGUUGGUUGCGGCCGAGUGUUAACCAGCGCAGUUAGUCGACUGCCACCGCUACGUCUCAUCACCCUCGGCUAUGUCCGAGCAGCUUCUUCCGCCCCCGCAGCCGCCAUGUCAAUGCCAAGCUGAAGUUGAAAAGUGGAAGGAGAAGUACUCCAAGCUCGAAGUGAAACGGGGCCAUCUCAGGCAAGCUGUGAAGGUUCUUGAGCAGGAAUUCGACAAGAUUCAAACUGAGAACCUCAAUCUCAAGAAAGGAUACGAGGAAGAUCGUGCGCGUGCUGAGAAAGAAGGGAAGGAAAGGGAAUUAGCUAUUAGAGUUCCGUUAGAGAAUGAGAUUUCUUCCCUGAAGUCUGAGAUAUCAUCCCUGCAGCAGGAAAUUGCUUCUGGUAGAGGGCAUGAGAACGAGAAAGUUACUGUUCUUGAAGCUAAGCUUGCGGCGGGGGAUAAAGAAAUCAAUCGUUUGAAGGAGCUUCUUAAGAAAGAGAAAGCCAGGGCAGGUUCGGAAAAGAACAAUGCCGAGUCAGAGAAGAAGAGAGCUAGUGAAGCAUGGAAAACUGUGGCAGCUGAAAAGAGUAAAGCUGAUGAAGAGAGGAAGGUUUUGGAGCAGAAAAUUGAGGAAUAUAAGCUUUCAGUGGAGGCACUAAAGAAAGAAGCCGAUCAAGUAAGACGGAAACUGGGGUUGGAGACAUCUAUGUAUGCAGAGGCAAACAAAAAGCUUGAAUUGGAGAAGCAACAGCUGAAAAAGGAGAGACAACGUGCAAAUGCAGAGAAGGCUCGAGCAGAGGAGCAAAGGAAGCUCGUGGAAGUAAAUGUGGCGAAAUUGAUGGAAGAGAAAUGCCGCGCUGAUAAUCUGUCUAGGAAGAUUGAAGAAAGUAAUACGAUGAUUGAGAAGUUGCAAAGGAAGGCACGUGAUCUUUCCACAAAGAUUAGUGAUGGUCAUGUUGAUGAUGUUAAUAAAAUUUCGGGGUCUGAGAUGGCAAAGAAGGAGAAUAAUUAUUGUUUAGAGAUGCAAAAGACUGAAGCUAGUAAACAGAAACUGCUAAGUGAGGAAAAGCGAGCAGAUUCAGAGAAAAGGAAAGCAGAAGAGCGAAGAGAUCUGGUGAAGAAAUACAAAAGGAGAGCUUUGGAAGAAAAAUGCCGUGCGGAUCAGCUCUCUGCACGGUUAAACGUGGAAAGACAAAGGAACCAGGAAGUCCAGCAGAAGCAGCUGGGACACUCCUUGACCAAACCAGUUGAGGUUCCAAUGUUCCGACCUGCUGCAGAGACUGUUGAUGAAUCUGCAAAACUGAAACUCUUGAAAAAGCAGUUGAAGCUUCAGAAAAUGAAGGCGAAGCAUGCAAAAGAAGUGGCUGAGUUGGAAAAAUUUCGACAACGUAUUAUACUACAAGAAGUUCAGCGCCUGAAAUUGGACUUUGGACAAAUUUUCCGUCGCCUGGACAUGCUAGACAACUGUCUUGUUUCCAGCUAUGGUGGCAUAGAUGAGCGGGAAAAGAAUGAGUAUACUGAGAUGCAAAGCUGGAAAAAAAGGUUUUAUGGCUUGCAACCGUUCUCCAAUAAUGAACUUAUGAAACCUUUUAAGGCAUCCUUCGAAGAUCCUACAUGUGGGGGCAGUUCCACUGAUUUUAUCUCAGGUAUCGAUUCUAAAUCAGGGCUUCCUCCUGGGGGCUCUCGCAGAAAAAAACUAAAGCAUUCUGGCAUAAAUUCUGCUCUGGCAUCUUUUUCUGAUAGAGGGUUGGUGGGAUCACAGGACAAGGGUGAUAUAACUGUUAGCGAAUCUGCAAGACUGUUAGAAGAUCACUUGAAUCAGCUUACAAAUGCCUCCAGCCCCUUGGAUGGGAUUAACAGAAUUUCUUCCAAUGAAAAUACUGCAAUGGUGGCGGAGAACAGUGUCAGAUGCCCUCUUGUCAUUGACGGUGAUGAAGUAAAUAAGCAUGGUCUGAAGAGGAAGAGGUUGAUUGAUGUAGUUGAAUCUGUAGAGAGCAUGUGUUUGAAAAGUCGAAAGUUGCAUCUUGACAUCGAGAAAAAACUAACAAUUUUUCAUGAUAUGCUGAUGGGACAAUUGGAGGGACCAGUGGAUGAUAGAAGAUAUCUUGCUGAUAAUGAUCCUUUAUCUCAGCAAAGGUUUCAAAAUAAAACGCUGUCUUAUGAAGAGAAAUUACAAGGUGAAAAUUUGUGCUUGGAUUAUCAAGGGAGGAGCAAGGAACACUUGGAAUCUGAAGCUCGUCUAGUUGAAACUUUCUGCAGACAGGCUUCCGAUGAGGCACAUAUGAGUAUUCUGGAGGAGAGGGAGGAUUUGCUAGAUCCUUUCCUAAAUGAUAUUAUGGGUAGUUCUAAGCUAGUAGAUGGGGAUUAUAUGAAAUUGCUGGAGUUGGAUAACUGUACCGAUGAAGAGUGGUACCAGGCGGCAAUUGAAAGGCCUUUGUCUCCUACUCUUCCUGAGAUCGAUAUGGAGGGGAUUAAGGCACUUAAUUUAAAAACAAAUGGAGACACACACCAAGGAGUUCCUUGUAGAGUAGAGAGUCUAGCACCUUCAGUUGAGCAUGGGGUCAAUAACAUCAAAGUUGACUCAAGCAAAUUGAGCUUCACUUUGUCUGAAACUAAAGGAGAAAAGUUGUUGCACAAAAAGCAAGGAGGCGUUAUUCCCAAUUUUCUUGUUGGUAAUUAUGAUACUGAAGACCUAGAAAGCAUUUCUAGGAUCUUAUGCGCGCUCAAGAAUUGCAUGGGUCGGUGUUCUGUUUCAAAUUCAGGCUGGUCAUUGCGUAACAUUUUGAUUGAGCUCAAAAUGGAAGAGAAGCUCCUGUCAAAGGAGAAGGCUUACGCAUUCUUCUCAAUGCUGUUGCUACAAUUUUCAGCAAUAAGAACAUUUGGUCCAGCCUUAAACAGGGAUGCCGUCAGUUGUAUAGAUUCUUUCGAUGAGCAUAUACGCAAUGUAAUAUCUGAUGCAGAGACUAGAAUCAUGUUAGAAGAAUUAUGUAGCAUAGAUGAAUUUCUGAGUCUCAUUGAGGAUUUCCUUGUGGAAGGGAAGCUUAUUUUAUGCUCUGAAAUGAGUUCUGAAGAGUUAAUCACCUGUGAGAGAAGAAUCAGCUUAGUUUUGGAGGGUGUUAAUGUUUUAGUAUCCUCAGGAACUGCAUCAGCUGAGCUGUUGGUUGCAGGUUCAGUGAUGUUAGCAGCAUUAUGUGCAGCAGUUGACAAAAUAGAUUUUAUUUGUGAGGCUUCGCACCGGAUAUUUUGGAUUCGUGGAGCCGAUUCUUCUGUGGUGCUCACGAUCCUUCAUGUUUUUGCACACAUAUCUGGAGGGAACUACUUCACAUUGAGGAGCCAGAGUCUUCUGAUGACUGUUUUGAGUUCGUUGGUGGUGUUUCUUGAGGGCGCUGGCAAUGCAGCUGGUUCAGUAUGUGUUUUGUCACAGGGGGAAAUACAAUGUGUCAAAUGCCCUUUUAGUGACAAAGCAGUUCCGCCGGAUGUGAUUUUGUCAUUACUACUGGAAGAGCUACAGAGUGUUGGUAUUUGUGGUGAAGGUCACAAUAAGGUUAUUGAACUAAUCAGUGCUACACAAGAUGAGGUCCUUGUUAGAGACAACAUUGGAUUAAAGGUUUAUGAGGAUGUUCAAUCUCGGCCUGAUGGGAACCCUGAUAGUUCUUGCUUAAAAAUCUGUGGGACGACUGAUACUAAAUUGCAUAACCAGACUGAUCUAUACAACGAUUUAUUUCUAUUGGUGGAGCUCAUUGCACUCAACCUGGGUUGGGAAUGGACAAAAACCAAAAUCUUGCCACAGCUCUUAAAAAUUCUGGAAUCAGGUGUGCAGGAAAGAAGUGCUGCUGCUGUUGUCAUCCUUGUUGGUCGACUUGGGAGGUUCGGAGUCGACUCUUCGGGAUGCAACGAUACUUCAAUUGAGAGUCUGAGGUGUCACUUAUAUUCUCUUCUAUGCCAAGCCUGCACCUCAAAAUUCGGGUUUCCCAUUCAGUGUAGUAUAGUGAUGGCUUUGCUUUCUCUCCUGCCUCUUGAUUUUGAGAAUAUCCUUGACAAUGGCGCGACUCUUCCAGACACGGCUAGUGUCAGCGUUCCUGCUCGGGCUAUUGGGAAAUGGUUUUCUUCCCUUAGCAAAGAAGAGCAAGCCUCGAUGUACAUCCUUCUUCGAUUGGCAACUGCCAAUAAAAAGCUGAGAUUUUCCUAGAGUUGCUCGAUUUUUUCAUUUAUUGUUUGUUUUUCUUUUGGGCUCACUGAGUAGAAAUUUUUGGCAUGAUCCUACGCGUUCAGGUUUCUGUAAUUGGCAUCAGCAUCCUGGCAUAUAGUUUUCUGGCGACGAACACAGGAAGUGCCAUUGCUGUUGCCUUUUUUUCUUUUUUAUUUUUUUUAUGUACUUGUGGAUAGUUCCAAGGAUAUGUUGUUAGCUGCGGCUUCAGUUUUGCCUCCUGGCGACCGACUCUUGUUGUCUUAGAUAAGCAUAGAUCAUUGUACAUGCCUUUGGCAUCAACAUAUAGUAGUUCGGAAGGAAGUAGACUUCUUAAAACUGUACAUUUGAGUUGAACUUGAAUUAAGACUCGAUUACCUUUUAAAUUUCUGAUGAGAAGCUUGGAAA